AUGGAGGACUUGGACCGACUCCGUGGUCAAUCCAAAUGGGUUGACGCCGAGCACCUAGCCAGGCUAAUACUUGCUAGCCAUAAUUCACCCAUUGCCGCAGUUACCAUCGCCGAGGCGGAGACCUACCGGGCGCUAACCGCCCUCGACCCUGCAACGGACAGCGUUUCUGCAGUCAAGCCCGAAAAGCUGUCCGUGGCAGCAAAGCUAAUCAAUGAGGCCACCCCAGACGAUGCUUCGAACUUCGAGUACUUGUGUGCCAAGGCUCAUUUGCUCCUGCUAAGCAACGACCCCAAGGAAGCCCUCCAGACCCUCCAGUCAACCAAGGUGCACAUUGCUCGCAAUUACCAGCGCGCCAUGGCGGUUAAACACCGUGCGCUGAUGGGCUCUGCGCUGUUGGCGCUGUCAAAUCCACGGGAUGCCGUGUCAACUUUCAAAUCUAUCGAGGUGAGCGAUGAGACCUUGCAUGCUUUGCCCGAGGCCUCUCGCUGGGCAGAAAUUUUGUACAAUAAGGCCAUUGAAGCUUCUUCGGCCACAGGUCCCGCUGACCGCUUAGCCUUCCUGCGGGCCUAUGCCUAUGUGGUAAAUACUGGCGAGAUUGUCGGACGCAAACAACAUCUGCAGGCGGUAGAAACUGAACUCGCCCAGCUGGAGCAAACUGAAACUGUCAAGGCUGAACGCGGGGCCGUGCAAGAGGUCUUGGCGAACCUUCCUGUGCCGUCUGCUAAAUCCCCUAUUGGAUCGUCCUGCAAACAGCUGCGUGCCGUUGUCUCUCCCCUUUCGCCGUCUACUUCGCACCUCUCGGUAAAACGUGAUGCCACAUCUCUGUCUGGCGCAACCCCAGAUAGUUCUAAUCACCACCAUGGCCUUUUUUCAAGAUUGCGUCGUCACCACCACGCUGAGUCUCCCAAACCGACCAAGCAACCAGUACAGAUGCCGGCGACGACUGCACCUACGAAGAAAUCAGUAAAUGAUUCUAGUUCUGGAAAGCAGGCUCUGAACCGUGACAUGUCGGUUAAAAUUGAGGACCAAGCGCAGAAAUUGUACAAUGACUGGCUAGCCUCAGCUAAACUCCAUGAGCCUUUCAAUGUUGCUCUUGGCCCAGACAAGGAAAGUGCAAAAGCUCUGCAGGCAAAGAUUAUUGGGUUCAUUGGACAAACGUUCAAUUCCGCAGUUCUUAUGCGUCUCAAUUGUCAGCUCUUGUACUCCCUGGGCCAGUUUGCUGAAGCAAAAGCUGCGUUCAAGGCCUUUGUGAUGUUGCAGGGCCAACAGAUAUUGAAAAAAGAAUCUGGUGCCGAAUCCUUCCCGGACACUGAAGCCGGUGUGGUCAAAGUGUUCUCUCUAAGGGCGUCGGUCAUCGAAACUAUGCCCAAUAGUCCUUAUGGCUACGAAAUUGUCGAUGCCGCCGCAGAACUUGUCUCGCAGCUCGAAACAGUGAUGCCCAGGCAAGAUCGUGAGGCAAUCUCCGCUGCCCACGGUGUACUAGCUCGUUGUGCUACUAUGGAAGCUCUACGAGCUGAAGGUAAUGAUUAUUAUCACGCUCGUUUGGAUGCUGCUGCCAAACACUACGAAAAGGCCCUUGUCAACUGGGCCGGCAAUUUGCCCUUUCAUCGGGCCCGGGCACAAUUUUUGUUGUUCACCGAUGGUCCAGCAGCGACUUUCCAGCACCUGCAAUCGGUUCUCAACAGCUAUCCAGACGAUAUUGUUCUAAUCAAUGAAUUGAUUGUUUGUCUGACUGCUCAAGAACAGUUUGACACUGCCUUAAAAAUUGCUGAGGUUGCUCUGGAGUCCAAGCAGCCACAGGCCGAUCUCACUCCAUUUGAAAAAACACAAUUCCUUAAUUUAAAAAAGAGUCAUGUCGCAGUUUUGGAGAGCUUGCACGGAAGCACUGCCGCUCUCGAAGAGUUGCCUGCCGUUAUGGACCUGGCUACCAGUCUGUUCCCUGCGGCAACUAUGUCGGCUGCUGCUAUGCAAACUGCCAAUGGGAAGGCUAACGGACAUGCUAACGGGCACGCCAAUGGACAGGAUAAAAACGCCAAGUCAGCCACCAUACCCCGUAAACCAAAGCGAAGACCUACCCUUGAAUUCACUACGGACGAGCCAGCCCACGGCUUUACCGUUAACCUGCUAGCCCACGCUGAAACAGGGUACAACUCAAAGACGCCUGCUGAUCUUGUGGACUUGUGGUUGUGGAUUGCCAGUUUGUACGCACGAGCGGGCCAAACCAGUGAAGCUGAAGCGGCUAUUAAAGUAGCUGCUGUGGCUGGAAGAACUGCAAAUGUGAUUUGUGCCGAAGCAUACCUUAUUUCCGAUCCGCACGAACAAUUUGCUGCUUUCCAGCGAGCCCACUCAUACGAUCCAAUGAGCCUACGUGCUGUCCUUGGCUUGGCGGUUGUCAUGAGCGAGCACACAGUCAUCUCUGAGGGCAAGGCGACACCCGGCUUGAGCUCCAAGCUCUGCGAAACCACAACGGCAGAACUUGAUCUUAUCCAGGCCCUCGUCUCCAGUCUUGAAGACAUGACUACCCGAGCCCUGGGCCGACAAACCCCCGAAGCAUGGUACCUUCUUGGAACACUCUACAGUGUUUUAGGGGACCAUGACCGGGCAAGACAAUCGCUGUGGCAAUGUGUGUCAGUUGAAGAAAAAACUGGCAUCCGCCAUAUUAUUCCCAGCCUUCAGCUCUAA